CAGCAGCAGCCGCAGGGCAGGCAGGCGAACAGAGACCCACAUGGAGGUCCUGGAGCGGCCGCCGAAGAAUCUCUCAGUGCCGCUCUCUGGUGGCUCCGCGUGGAACAGCAGCAACAGCACCUCCGGCUGCUUGGAGAGCGCCGACUUCCAGUACCUGCUCUUCCCCGUGGUCUACAGCCUGGUCUUUGCCUUGGGCCUGGCGGGGAACCUCUUCGUCCUAGGCUACUUCUUCCGCACCAAGUCCGCCACGGAGCCCGCCAACAUCUUUUUAGUGAACCUGGCCGCCAUCGAUCUGCUCUUCGUGCUAACGCUGCCCUUCCGUAUUGCCUACCACGCGAUGCGCAAUGACUGGGUCUUCGGCGAGGCGCUGUGCAAGGUCACCGGCUCCCUCUUCUUCGCCAACCUGUACGGCAGCUCCCUCUUCCUGGCCUGCAUCUGCCUGGAGCGCUACGUGGCCGUCGUGCACCCGCUGCGCCACCUCCGGCUCCGGCAGUUGCGCUACCGGGUGGCGGCCGCCGUCGGGGUGUGGGCGGUGCUAGUCGCCGCCAUCCUGUACCUGGCGCUCCGCGGCCCGCUGACCAGCCGCUUCCCCGACGGCCGCACCGCUUGCUUGGAGAAUUUCUCCUCGAGCUCCUGGCGGGGGCGAAUCUCCUCCGUCAGUCUCUUCGCCGCUGCCGUGGGCUUCCUGCUGCCGCUCUUCCUCAUCGGCGUCUGCUACCCGCUCAUUGCCUGGCGGCUGCUGGCCACUCCAGGGAUGCAGCCUGGCUCACGAGCGGCGCGGCGCAAGGCGCUGCGCACGGUGCUGGUGGUGCUGGGCGUCUUCCUGGUCUGCUUCGCGCCGUAUCACCUGGUGCAAGUGGUGCACACGUUGGGUCGCGCCGGCGUGCUGGGCGGCUGCCCGCUCAUUCGCGCCACCUACGUGGCCCGCCGGCUCACCAUGGCCCUCACCAGCCUCAAUGCCUGCCUUGACCCGCUCGUCUACUACUUCGCCGCCGAGCGCUUUGCCUGGCAGCCCGGUUGGUGGAAAUGCUGCUGCCGCCGGCUAGAAACCGCCCAGCCGUCCCUGCUGAGACUCCGCGGGUUUGUGGCCAGUAAGCAGGGGUCCUCCUCGGGGGGAGAAAGCUGCGCUCCCGGCACGGCGCAGUGAGCUCUCCAGCAGAUCGUUGAUCGUCGGAGGUGCGCGCGCGCGCCUCUCUUCGGGCAUUAAUUUCUGGCUGUUCCUCAGCCUUAGACAAACAUCCCAUUUCUGACAAGCGUCCAGAAUAUUGAGGACCAGUUAAACUGCC